AUGGUGACUAAGACGGUUAUAACUGGUGGUUGGAUUUUGCUGACGUUUAUCAUCAGCGCUGCUCUAAGUGAAGUGCCAAAGAAUUCAAAAUUAUUUGUUGAAAUUGCCAAUGGAGUGCUGAAGGGCAAGGAUAAUAAUGGUCGUUUUAUAAGUUGGGAAUCGGUGCCAUAUGCUGAAGCCCCCGUGGGAGAAUUACGCUAUGAAUUGCCACAACCAUACGGGCAAAAAUGGAAUGUCACGUUCGAUGCCAGCCAAAAGGCUCCAGCCUGCAUGCAAUGGGAUCAAUUUGUUGAGGGUAAGAAUAAAGUUCAUGGCUCGGAGGAUUGCCUCAAGCUUAAUAUCUACAAACCCCUUGUGAAGGAUGAGAAAAAAUUACCCGUUAUGGUCUUUAUACAUGGUGGCUGUUUUAUGUUUGGUGGUGUUAAUGUCAAUCAACCGGAUGUCCUGAUGGCUAGUGGUAAAAUAAUGUUGGUCACCAUUGCCUAUCGUGUGGGUGCCUUGGGUUUUUUGAGUAUGCAAGAUGAAGGUUUACCGGGUAAUUUGGGUUUGAAAGAUCAGCGCUUGGCUUUGCAAUGGAUUAAGGAAAAUAUUGUCCACUUUGGUGGCGACCCUAAGAAGAUCCUGCUCACCGGAUUUUCAGCCGGAGGAGCCUCAACACAUUUCCACAUUUUACAAAGGCCAGAGGAAAAUGUGGCCAAGGCUGCUGUAUCCUUUAGUGGUGUGGCCUUGAAUCCCUGGGUAAUUAUACGCAAUCCACGGGGAAGAGCUUUGAAACUGGCACAACAUUUAAAUUGUCCUCAGCGGAACAAUGGAGGGGAAAUCAAAAAUUGCCUCAAACAAAGACGGGCCGAAGAUAUUGUGGGCGGUACAAAACUAUUUCAAAAUUUUGCCUAUAAUCCAUUCACCGUGUUUGGACCGGUAAUAGAACCCCAACACAUCCCGGGGGCAUUUCUGACGCAUCAUCCCAUUGAUAUUGUUAAAUCGGGAAAUUUUACACACAUACCCUGGUUGGCUUCGUAUGUCUCCGAGGAUGGUGGUUACAAUGCAGCCGAGUUGAUGUUGAUAAAUCCUCAAACUGGCAGGGAGUUGAUGUACGAACUCAAUGAAAAUUGGGCUGAAUUGUUGGCCACAAAUCUUUUCCUCGACAAUAUAAGUGAACAUCCCGUCGAAUAUGCUCGCCAAUUGAAGGAGAAAUAUUUAGGCCAUCUUCCAUUUUAUCCGGAAAAUUAUGCACGUGUUUCGGAAUUGUAUACGGCGGUAUUGUUUAGUGACGGCAUUUUAGAUUCCCUAAAAUUACAUCGCCAGUAUUCCCAUGCACCAGUUUAUGGUUAUGUUUACAAUAAUCCAGCAGAUUUCAAUGUUGGCCAGGGUUUAUCCAAACGUACAGAUGUGAAUUUUGGUACUGUACACAUGGAUGAUUUAUCAUUAAUCUUACCCACUAGCUCUCGCAGUCCGCCAAGGUCAGAUGAGAAACGUGUUAGCCAGAAUUUCAUAGAAAUGUUGGUCAAUUUUGUGGAGAGCGGAAAUCUCUGCUAUGACCAUUGCGAUUUUGCCGACAAUAGUAUUCAAAAUUCACCGUAUUUAUUCCUUACAUCCAUCACCGGAGAUAAUUGUGAAAGUGUGGCCUUGAAAGUGUGA